AAUUAUUUGAAAUUUAUAUUAUGAACUAGUAAUUGAAUAAGUCAAUUAAAUAGACAAUGGAUACUCAUUGGCCAAAGGACAAACAAUUCAGAGAGGGAGAAUGGGGAGGGGAAAAAGAGAAGGAACGUGCAAGACAAAUAAAUAGAGGGACAAAAGAAAGCUAAGCUAGUAUAAAACAGCAGAGAAGGGGAGGUCUUCCAUUAUUCAUCGUCAUUUCCUCCUAAUUUGUGAUCGAUAUACGGCUUUUAGGGUUAGGGUUUCGAUUAACCACAAAUUCAACCUAUUCGGUAAAUUUCAGUGAGAUAUAGAGGAAAGAUGUGGCACGAAGCGCGGAGAUCGGAGAAGAAAGUGCACGACAUGAUGGAUGCCGCUAGAAAAAGAGCACAGAGAAGAGCGAUUUUCUUAGAGAAGAGACGUGGCGAUCCUCGGCAAACCAUCCAAGUUAUCGGUUCUCGUUGUCGCACUUAUCGUGAUGAUGGCCUUUAUCAAGCCACCCAAGAUCAGCAGGGCUUGAUUCCUUGGAAUGGCAAAGAGGAUAUAUUGAUUGACAGAUUUGAUGGGCGGUCUCUUCUUGAUUUUAUACGCGAUCCGGAUACUCGUCGAUUUCGUCAACAAGAGAAGACCGAGGAAGAAGAAGAAUUAGAGGAGUUUGUUAAUUUUGAGCGUUAUCGGGAUUUAAUAAAGCAUCGACGUAGAGGAUUUUCAGAUGAAGAGGGUUUGGAUCAUGUCAAUCAAGUAAUUGAAGCAAAAUUUGCCUUGCAUUCAACUUUUGAUAGAACAAGCACAUCUCAAACUUCAACAAACAAGGGUACUUAUUCUCAAGUGGGUUUCUCAUAUGAUGGGGAUGGAAAAGAGGACGUUCAUUCCUCUGAUGAUGAAGAUGAAGAUGAUGAGGAAGAAUAUGAAGAUGAUGAUGAGUUUAAUAGUGAUGAUAGUGAUGAUGAAAAAAUGGAAGCUAUAGCUAAGGACUUUGGAGUGAAAAGAUAUGGUUGGCUUGUGUAUAUGGAUAAGAAGGCAAAAGAGGAGGAAAAGAGGCAAAAGGAAGUGAUUAAGGGAGAUCCAUCAAUUAGGAAAUUAAGUCGCAAGGAAAGAAGGAAAGCUUCUCAGUUAGAAAGGGAGAGAGGGAGGGAGGCUGCUCGCACUACAGGAAAUCGUGUUCUUCAUCAUGAUCCCUAUCGAGAGUCAAGGCGGAGCCCUACAUAUGAUGCUUAUCCUCGUUCUAGAAGAUCAAGGUCACGUUCAAGGUCCUAUUCCCCAUCAUAUUCUAGGAGGCGUUCUCGUGGAUAUUCUGAUGAUGGCCGUCGAAGCAAGUCUAAGGCACCUAAAAUAGAAUACAUCACUGAGUUCGGGGGUUAUCCUGGCAGAGGGGAGUCAAAACUAGAAGGAGUCUCUCCACCAUCAUCUCCUCUUCAUGCUGAAGACGCAUCAAACCGGACACCAACAGCUCGUAUACUUGAGGCCUUGCAUAUUGAUCCUGCUUCUGGUGCAUUACUUGAUAAAGAAAAGAAUGUUAAAGUGGUAAAAACCCCUGCAAGUACAUCUUCCGCAUUAGCUAAAUUGAAGGGGGCCACGGGGGCUUCAUCAAAGCAACCACAUGAUGAGAAGAAAGAAACUCCUCAGGAGAGGCUUAAAAGGAUAAUGAGUAAACAACUGAAUAAACAAAUAAAAAAGGACGCUGCUGUAGAAAUGGCUAAGAAAAAAGAGCAAGAGAAGCAGAGGCUGGAGAAAUUGGCAGAGACUAAUCGUUUGAGUCGAUAUAGGCGUCGAAGCCGUAGUCGGAGUUAUAGCCGCUCUCCACAGAGACGACGCAGGUACAGCAGAAGCCCAAGUAGGGGAAGGAAUUCAAGAAGGCGCUAUUCUCGGUCCCGCUCUCAGUCGCGUUCUUUCUCACGCUCACAAUCGCAUUCUCGAUCACGGUCUCCCUCACGUUCUCCAAGGUGCAGAAGUCGCUCCAGGUACUGAUGUCGAUGAUGUGAUUAAUCUCAAAGAUGAAUGUAUGUAGUAUGUGUGUUAAGAUAUGCAUAAUAAUCGUCGGUAAAAUAUGCCUAAUGUAGGAGGAUAUAGUCGUGAUCUUCUUGGUGGUUGUAGGGGGUGAAAAAUAGUUUUGUAAGAACUAUGACACUUGUUUGUAAUUUUGAUGUGAAUCACGACGGUGAAACGAUUUCUUUUCCACUUUUUAAAUGUUUGUAAUGUCAGUUAUUGUAUUGCUGCGUUGGUGUGGAAAAGUUCUGAAUUUAUUGCCCCAGAUAUAUUGCCAGA